CAUGGGUUGCGAUGCGGGUGGGGUUUGCGGUCGCGGUGCUCGCGGCGUGUGUCGCUAAAUGGGGAAGGAACUACGUGCGUAGAGUCUUCUCGACCGCUGCGGGGUCGAGUUAUACGCCGGUUGACGUGGGUGGACCGUCGGAAGCGAUGGUGGAGGUCCGCCAAAUCAAAAGCGGGGAAACGUCCGACGACCCGGACAGCGCCGCCGAACGGGGCGCAUCACCCCCCGUCACACCCACGUCCAAACCCAAGAAGAAGAAACCCUCCAAAAAGGUCAAACUCCCCACCACCCCAGAUACCUCCGACGCCCUCUCCCCCACCCCCACCGCCACAUCCACAUCAUCCCUCCCCUCAACCCUCGGCCACACCUCCCUCUCCAGCCUCACCGUCGGCGACGAAGUCCUGGGUUACGGCUCCCACGGCACGGUGGUGUACAAAGGAACCUUCCAAGGCAGGGAUGUGGCGGUGAAGCGGCUGUUGUUGGAUUUCUAUGAGGUUGCGGAUCAUGAAGUGAGGAUGUUGCAGGAGAGCGAUGAUCAUCCGAAUGUCGUGCGGUACUUUUAUCGGGAAAAAGCAAAAGGCUUCAUGUACAUAGCUCUCGAGCUCUGCCCGGCGUCCCUGGCGGACGUGAUUGAGAAACCGAACGACGCGCUGAUCUCGGCGCUGCGGAUGCGGCUCAAGCCGGCGUCGGUGCUGUUCCAGAUUGCGAGGGGGUUGCAUCAUCUGCAUGAGUUGAAGAUUGUGCAUAGGGAUAUCAAGCCGCAGAAUAUCCUGGUGGGAGCACAUAAGGACUCGAAAACGGGGGCUCACCCGCGUGUGCUCAUAUCGGAUUUCGGACUUGGCAAGCGGUUAGGGGAUGACCAGUCCUCGUUCCACCAUACCCACCACACUGCGGGCGGGACGGUCGGGUGGCGCGCUCCCGAAUGCAUCCUGGCGCAGAACUCGUUCCCGAUCCCCGUUGACGCCAGCAACACCACCACCACCACAUCCUCGUUCUCCUCCUCCUCCUCAUCCUCCGAUUCAACCGGGAACGGUGGUGGAGUAGAACCCAACCCGGCGGUGAGGAUCACCAAAUCGAUCGACAUCUUCUCCCUCGGCUGCGUCUUCCACUACGUGCUCACCGCGGGCUCGCACCCCUUCGGCGACAAGUUCGCGCGCGAAAUCAACAUCCUCAAAGGCAACCACCGCCUCGACAAGAUCGACACCCUCCCCGAAUCCGCCAUCGAAGCAAAAGAUCUCAUCCGCCGCAUGAUCGCAAAAGACCCGCUAAAGCGACCAACGACGUCACACGUCCUCAUCCACCCGUUCUUCUGGCCCCCAACGAAACGACUGAACUUCCUGGCGGACGCGAGUGACAGGUUGGAGAUCGAGCCCAGGGACCCGCCGAGCCCGCUGCUGAAGAUGCUCGAGCGCGGCGCCCAUAAGGUCGUCGGGCAGGACUGGUACCGACGCAUCGACCGCGCGUUGCUGGACAAUCUGGGCAAGUACCGGAAGUACGAUGGCGCGGUUGUGAGGGAUCUGCUGAGGGUCGUGCGGAAUAAGAAACACCACUACCAGGACCUCCCCCCGGACGUCCAACACUCCCUUGGCACCCUCCCCGCCGGCUUCGUCGCCUACUUCACCUCCCGCUUCCCCGCCCUGCUGAUGCACGUCUACUAUGUCGUCGCGGACAGCAGGCUGAGGAACGAGGAUAUGUUCCGCGUGUACUUUCAGCCCCCCGAGUGAUACGCUACCUUGCCCCCCGGGCCGACGAUGGGAGCCAUGAUCGUAUCCCCCCCACACUGUGUAUAUAGAACCCGCCCUCCCCCC